AUGAAUGAUCUGACUUGUAUUCAGAUGACUAAAGUUCGCGAUAGUCAGUACACAUGUGAUGUUUGCGACAAGUCCUUCAGUCAGAGAAGAAAUUUAACAAUGCACCGGUGGACCCACACGGGAGAGAAACCUUACCCGUGUGACAUAUGCGACAAGCGUUUUAAACAAAUUAGCCAACUGACAGUACACAAACGGGUACACACAGGAGAAAAACCUUAUCUGUGUGACAUAUGCGACAAGUAUUUUAGUCAAAUUAGCCAACUGAAAGCGCACAAACGGGUACACACUGGAGAGAAACCGUACCCAUGUGAUGUUUGCGACAAGUCGUUCAGUCGAAAAGGUGGUUUAAUACAGCAUCGACGGACGCACACGGGAGAGAAACCUUACCCAUGUGACAUAUGCGACAAGUCGUUCAGUAGAAAUGGUUGUUUAAUACAACAUCGACGGACGCACACGGGAGAGAAACCUUACCCAUGUGACGUAUGCAACAAGUCGUUCAGUCGAAAUAGUGGCUUAAUAGAGCAUCGACGAACGCACACGGGAGAGAAACCUUACCCGUGUGACAUAUGCGACAAGUCGUUCAGUCAAAAUGGAGGUUUAACAAAGCACCGGCGGACGCACAUGGCAGAGAAAACGUAUACAUACCCAUGUGAUGUUUGCGACAAGUGGUUUGGUAAUAACUACAGUUUGACUAAGCACAAGAGGACACAUGAAGGACAAAAAUAG